AUGGAUUCGACCACAACAACUAGUACUUCAAGCCAAACAACGAUAUCCACAAGUACUACCACUGCAAGUCCCACAACAGUAUCCACCACAACAACAGAAAGUGGGACAACGUCCACUGCAGUUCCCACAACCGAUUCUACCACCACAACUAGUACUGCAAGCCCCACAACGAUAUCAACAACUACGACCACUGCAAGUCCCACAACAGUAUCCACCACAACAACAGAAAGUGGGAAAACGUCCACUGCGGUUUCCUCAACAGACUCUACAACCACAAGUAGUACUGCAAGCCCCACAACGAUAUCCACCACUACGACCACUGCAAGUCCCACAACAGUGUCCACCUCAACUACAGAAAGUGGAACAACGUCCACUGCGGUUUCCACAACAGAUUCUAGCACCACAACUGCUACUGCAAGCCCCACAACGAUAUCCACAACUACGACCAUUGCAAGUCCCACAACAGUAUCCACCACAACAACAGAAAGUGGGACAACGUCCACUGCGGUUCCCACAACAGAUUCUACCACCACAACUAGUACUGCAAGUCCCACAACAGUAUACACCUCAACUACAGCAAGUGGAACAACGUCCACUGCGGUUCCCACAACCGAUUCUACCACCACAACUAGUACUGCAAGCCCCACAACGAUAUCAACAACUACGACCACUGCAAGUCCCACAACAGUAUCCACCACAACAACAGAAAGUGGGAAAACGACCACUGCGGUUCCCACAACAGACUCUACAACCACAAGUAGUACUGCAAGCCCCACAACGGUAUCCACAAGUACGACCACUGCAAGUCCCACAACAGUGUCCACCUCAACUACAGCAAGUGGAACAACGUCCACAGCGGUUCCCACAACAGAUUUUACCACCACAACUAGUACUGCAAGCCCCACAACGAUAUCAACAACUACGACCACUGCAAGUCCCACAACAGUAUCCACCUCAACUACAGCAAGUGGAACAACGUCCACUGCGGUUCCCACAACAGAUUCUACCACCACAACUAGUACUGCAAGUCCCACAACAGUAUCCACCUCAACUACAGCAAGUGGAACAACGUCCACUGCGGUUCCCACAACCGAUUCUACCACCACAACUAGUACUGCAAGCCCCACAACGAUAUCCACAACUACGAUCCCUGCAAGUCCCACAACAGUAUCCACCUCAACUACAGAAAGUGGAACAACGUCCACAGCGGUUCCCACAACAGCUCCUACCACCACAACUAGUACUGCAAGUCCCACAACAGUAUCCACCUCAACUACAGCAAGUGGAACAACGUCCACUGCGGUUCCCACAACAGUAUCCCCCUCAACUACAGAAAGUGGAACAACGUCCACUGCGGGCCCCACAACAGAUUCUACAACCACAACUAGUACUACAAGCCCCACAACGAUAUCCACAACUACGAUCCCUGCAAGUCCCACAACAGUGUCCACCUCAACUGCAGAAAGUGGAACAACGUCCACUGCGGUUUCCACAACAGAUUCUAACACCACAACAGCUACUGCAAGCCCCACAACGAUAUCCACAACUACGACCAUUGCAAGUCCCACAACAGUAUCCACCACAACAACAGAAAGUUGGACAACGUCCACUGCGGGCCCCACAACAGACUCUACAACCACAAGUAGUACUGCAAGCCCCACAACGAUAUCCACAACUACGACCACUGCAAGGCCCACAACAGUGUCCACCUCAACUACAGAAAGUGGAACAACGUCCACUGCGGUUUCCACAACAGAUUCUAGCACCACAACUGCUACUGCAAGCCCCACAACGAUAUCCACAACUACGACCAUUGCAAGUCCCACAACAGUAUCCACCACAACAACAGAAAGUUGGACAACGUCCACUGCGGGCCCCACAACACAUUCUACCACCACAACUAGUACUGCAAGCCCCACAACGAUAUCCACAACUACGAUCCCUGCAAGUCCCACAACAGUAUCCACCUCAACUACAGAAAGUGGAACAACGUCCAUUGCGGUUCCCACAACAGAUUAUACCACCACAACUAGUACUGCAAGCCCCACAACGGUAUCCACAACUACGACCACUGCAAGUCCCACAACAGUGUCCACCUCAACUACAGCAAGUGGAACAACGUCCACAGCGGUUCCCACAACAGAUUCUACCACCACAACUACUACUGCAAGCCCCACAACGGUAUCCACAACUACGACCACUGCAAGUCCCACAACAGUGUCCACCUCAACUACAGCAAGUGGAACAACGUCCACAGCGGUUCCCACAACAGAUUCUACCACCACAACUAGCCCCACAACAGAUUCUACAACCACAACUAGUACUACAAGCCCCACAACGGUAUCCACAACUACGACCACUGCAAGUCCCACAACAGUGUCCACCUCAACUACAGCAAGUGAAACAACGUCCACAGCGGUUCCCACAACAGAUUCUACCACCACAACUAGUUCUGCAAGUCCCACAACAGUAUCCACCUCAACUACAGCAAGUGGAACAACGUCCACAGCGGUUCCCACAACAGCUCCUACCACCACAACUAGUACUGCAAGUCCCACAACAGUGUCCACCUCAACUACAGCAAGUGGAACAACGUCCACAGCGGUUCCCACAACAGAUUCUACCACCACAACUAGUACUGCAAAUUCUACAACCACAACUAGUACUGCAAGCCCCACAACGGUAUCCACAACUACGACCACUGCAAGUCCCACAACAGUGUCCACCUCAACUACAGCAAGUGGAACAACGUCCACAGCGGUUCCCACAACAGAUUCUACCACCACAACUACUACUGCAAGCCCCACAACGGUAUCCACAACUACGACCACUGCAAGUCCCACAACAGUGUCCACCUCAACUACAGCAAGUGGAACAACGUCCACAGCGGUUCCCACAACAGAUUCUACCACCACAACUAGUACUGCAAGUCCCACAACAGUAUCGACCUCAACUACAGCAAGUGGAACAACGUCCCCUGCGGUUCCCACAACAGUAUCCCCGUCAACUACAGAAAGUGGAACAACGUCCACUGCAGGCCCCACAACAGAUUCUACAACCACAACUAGUACUACAAGCCCCACAACGAUAUCCACAACUACGAUCCCUGCAAGUCCCACAACAGUGUCCACCUCAACUACAGCAAGUGGAACAACGUCCACAGCGGUUCCCACAACAGAUUCUACCACCACAACUAGUACUGCAAGUCCCACAACAGUAUCCACCUCAACUACAGCAAGUGGAACAACGUCCACUGCGGUUCCCACAACAGUAUCCCCGUCAACUACAGAAAGUGGAACAACGUCCACUGCGGGCCCCACAACAGAUUCUACAACCACAACUAGUACUACAAGCCCCACAACGAUAUCCACAACUACGAUCCCUGCAAGUCCCACAACAGUAUCCACCUCAACUACAGAAAGUGGAACAACGUCCACAGCGGUUCCCACAACAGCUCCUACCACCACAACUAGUACUGCAAGUCCCACAACAGUAUCCACCACAACUACAGAAAGUGGAACAACGUCCACUGCGGUUCCCACAACAGACUCUACCACCACAACUACUACUGCAAGCCCCACAACGGUAUCCACAACUACGACCACUGCAAGUCCCACAACACUGUCCACCUCAACUACAGCAAGUGGAACAACGUCCACAGCGGUUCCCACAACAGAUUCUACCACCAAACCUAGUACUGCAAGCCCCACAACGAUGUCAACAACUACGACCACUGCAAGUCCCACAACAGUAUCCACCACAACAACAGAAAGUGGAACAACGUCCACAGCGGUUCCCACAACAGAUUCUACCACCACAACUAGUACUGCAAGUCCCACAACAGUAUCGACCUCAACUACAGCAAGUGGAACAACGUCCCCUGCGGUUCCCACAACAGUAUCCCCGUCAACUACAGAAAGUGGAACAACGUCCACUGCAGGCCCCACAACAGAUUCUACAACCACAACUAGUACUACAAGCCCCACAACGAUAUCCACAACUACGAUCCCUGCAAGUCCCACAACAGUGUCCACCUCAACUACAGCAAGUGGAACAACGUCCACAGCGGUUCCCACAACAGCUCCUACCACCACAACUAGUACUGCAAGUCCCACAACAGUGUCCACCUCAACUACAGCAAGUGGAACAACGUCCACAGCGGUUCCCACAACAGAUUCUACCACCACAACUAGUACUGCAAGUCCCACAACAGUAUCCACCUCAACUAAAGCAAGUGGAACAACGUCCACUGCGGUUCCCACAACAGUAUCCCCCUCAACUACAGAAAGUGGAACAACUUCCACUGCGGUUCCCACAACAGAGUCUACCGCCGCAACUACGACCACUGCAAGUCCCACAACAGUGUCCACCUCAACUACAGCAAGUGGAACAACGUCCACAGCGGUUCCCACAACAGAUUCUACCACCACAACUACUACUGCAAGCCCCACAACGGUAUCCACAACUACGACCACUGCAAGUCCCACAACAGUGUCCACCUCAACUACAGCAAGUGGAACAACGUCCACAGCGGUUCCCACAACAGAUUCUACCACCACAACUAGUACUGCAAGUCCCACAACAGUAUCCCCCUCAACUACAGAAAGUGGAACAACUUCCACUGCGGUUCCCACAACUGUAUCCCCCUCAACUACAGAAAGUGGGACAACGUCCACUGCGGUUCCCACAACAGAUUCUACCACCACAACUAGUACUGCAACCCCCACAACGGUAUCCACAACUACGACCACUGCAAGUCCCACAACAGUGUCCACCUCAACUACAGCAAGUGGAACAACGUCCACAGCGGUUCCCACAACAGCUCCUACCACCACAACUAGUACUGCAAGUCCCACAACAGUAUCCACCAAAACUACAGAAAGUGGAACAACGUCCACUGCGGUUCCCACAACAGACUCUACCACCACAACUACUACUGCAAGCCCCACAACGGUAUCCACAACUACGACCACUGCAAGUCCCACAACAGUGUCCACCUCAACUACAGCAAGUGGAACAACGUCCACAGCGGUUCCCACAACAGAUUCUACCACCAAACCUAGUACUGCAAGCCCCACAACGAUAUCAACAACUACGACCACUGCAAGUCUCACAACAGUAUCCACCACAACAACAGAAAGUGGAACAACGUCCACUGCGGUUCCCACAACAGAUUCUACCACCACAACUAGUACUGCAAGUCCCACAACAGUAUCCACCUCAACUAAAGCAAGUGGAACAACGUCCACUGCGGUUCCCACAACAGUAUCCCCCUCAACUACAGAAAGUGGAACAACUUCCACUGCGGUUCCCACAACAGAGUAUACCGCCGCAACUACGACCACUGCAAGUCCCACAACAGUGUCCACCUCAACUACAGCAAGUGGAACAACGUCCACAGCGGUUCCCACAACAGAUUCUACCACCACAACUACUACUACAAGCCCCACAACGGUAUCCACAACUACGACCACUGCAAGGCCCACAACAGUAUCCACCACAACAACAGAAAGUGGAACAACGUCCACUGCGGUUCCCACAACAGAUUCUACCACCAAACCUAGUACUGCAAGCCCCACAACGAUAUCAACAACUACGACCACUGCAAGUCUCACAACAGUAUCCACCACAACAACAGAAAGUGGAACAACGUCCACUGCGGUUCCCACAACAGAUUCUACCACCACAACUAGUACUGCAAGUCCCACAACAGUAUCCACCUCAACUAAAGCAAGUGGAACAACGUCCACUGCGGUUCCCACAACAGUAUCCCCCUCAACUACAGAAAGUGGAACAACUUCCACUGCGGUUCCCACAACAGAGUAUACCGCCGCAACUACGACCACUGCAAGUCCCACAACAGUGUCCACCUCAACUACAGCAAGUGGAACAACGUCCACAGCGGUUCCCACAACAGAUUCUACCACCACAACUACUACUACAAGCCCCACAACGGUAUCCACAACUACGACCACUGCAAGGCCCACAACAGUAUCCACCACAACAACAGAAAGUGGAACAACGUCCACUGCGGUUCCCACAACAGAUUAUACCACCACAACUAGUACUGCAAGCCCCACAACGAUAUCCACAACUACGACCACUGCAAGGCCUACAACAGUGUCCACCUCAACUACAGAAAGUGGAACAACGUCCACUGCGGUUUCCACAACAGAUUCUAGCACCACAACUGCUACUGCAAGCCCCACAACGGUAUCCACAACUACGACCACUGCAAGUCCCACAACAGUAUCCACCACAACAACAGAAAGUGGAACAACGUCCACUGCGGUUCCCACAACAGAUUAUACCACCACAACUACUACUGCAAGCCCCACAACGGUAUCCACAACUACGACCACUGCAAAUCCCACAACAGUGUCCACCUCAACUACAGCAAGUGGAACAACGUCCACAGCGGUUCCCACAACAGAUUCUACCACCAAAACUAGUACUGCAAGCCCCACAACUGAGUCCAGCACAAUAAGCGAAUCAACGUCAACUGCGGUCCCAACAACAGAAUUCACAACAACUGAUGGUGCUUCAACGUCCACAGCUAUUCCCACCACAACAAAAGGGUCUGCAGACUCUUUUUGCAAAGAUUAUCCACAACUUCCUAGUUGUCUUUCGGCAAAGUCAGUAAACCAUGUAAAAAAUAAAUUUGGUUUAUCGGAAAUCAAAACACUAGAUACAGUUUUAAAGCCCGAGCAACAGCUGGCAAUUACGUCGGUUCCUCAAUCCGUAACUUCGCUCUGUUACUUUUAUCCUCGUCUGUGCUUAAAGCCAGAGGAGGCCCAAUUCGUACGACUUGCCGAUGGAAAUGGAAAGCCCUUGUUGUUAAUUUCACCAAUCGAAGGUCGAUCUGCUCACCACCAACAGCAGCCUGCUUUAUGGAGAGCUAUUAGAAGAACCAUAAAAAAAAAUAAUAAAUAA